UGCACGGGCGCGGGGAGGGAGUGCACGGCCCAGUUCCGGGCGCCUCUGAGCGGGCUCACGAGGCUUUCUCGCCUCGGUUUCCGGCGAGUGCACGGGUUGGUAGCCCAGAGGAGGUUAAAGUUGUUCCCUGAGACCUCAGCUGCUAAAUCGAGUCGCAGCAGUGACCCGGUUCCUCCAGCAACGCGGGGCUGACUUCUCGACCGGGGCCAAACCCUGAGCUUGGCACCCUUGAGGGAGGGAGUCUCCGAAGGGGAAUCAGACCUGGUCCCUGUCCUUGGAGAAGAGGACAGUGUGUGGGGGCACUUUAUGUCGUGAGUAGCCCCAGCGCCAGGUAGACGUGGUACAGGCCCCAAGAGUGUUGGAAAUCAGGAAAGCCUUCGGAGGUGCCAUUUGAACCGAGUUGAAGAACGAACCUGUGGGAAUUUUCCAGAUCGAAAGCAGCAUGGAUUUGCCUGUGGAUGAGUGGAAAUCAUACCUGCUUCAAAAGUGGGCUUCACUCCCAAAGUCCAUUCAGGUCACAAUUUCUACAGCAGAGACCUUGAGCGAUAUCUUUCUUCAUUCCUCUUCACUUCUUCAACCUGAGGAUGAACUGUUUCUGCGAAGACUUUCUAAAGGUUACUUGGUGGGGAAGGACUCGGACGCUCCCUUUUUCUACAGAGAACAAGGAAACAAAAAAUUUCAGGAGAAAGAUUACACAGCAGCUGCAGUGCUGUAUUCUAAGGGAGUGUCACAUUCAAGGCCUAACACUGAGGACAUGUCGCUGUGCUAUGCUAACCGCUCGGCAGCCCUCUUCCACCUGGGUCAGUACGAGACAUGUCUUAAAGACAUUAUCAGAGCACAGACGCAUGGCUAUCCAGAAAGACUGCAGCCCAAGAUCAUGUUACGUAAAGCAGAAUGUCUGGUGGCCCUGGGGAGACUACAGGAGGCAAGCCAGACCAUCGGUGAUCUUGAAAGGAACUUCACACCCACACCAACCCUAGCAGAUGUUCCCCCUCAGACUCUGCAGAGAAACCUCCAUCAUCUGAAAAUGAAGGUACAGGAAAAGGAGAAUCUCACAGAAACCUUCCCAGCAACUCUGGCAAAAACCCUUGAGGAUGUGGCGCUCGGGGGAGAGAAUGAACAACUUUCCAAUGCUUCAUCAUCCGUCGGCUUGUGCAUAGAUCCUUUAAAAGGUCGCUAUCUCGUUGCCACCAAAGAUAUUCUCCCAGGAGAGCUCCUGGUGAAGGAGGAUGCUUUUGUGAGUGUUCUCAACCCAGGAGAACUGCCACCACCGCAUCACGGCCUAGACAGCCAAUGGGACACCAGAGUCACCAAUGGGGACCUCUAUUGUCACCGAUGUUUGAAGCACACUUUGGCCACAGUUCCGUGUGACGGAUGCAGUUAUGCCAAGUAUUGCAGCCAGGAGUGUUUGCAGCAGGCCUGGGAGCUCUACCACAGGACAGAAUGUCCUCUGGGGGCGCUGCUGCUCACACUGGGUGUCUUUUGCCACAUUGCCCUGAGGUUGACUCUUGUGGUGGGAUUUGAGGAUGUUCGCAAAAUCGUAAAGAAGCUUUGUGUCAAGAUUAGUAACAAGGACAUCUGUUUACCAGAAAGCAACAAUCAGGUCAAGACACUUAAUUGUGGCCGAGGAGAGAGUGAGAAAAAUGGCAACAGGGUUGAAACCCCGAUUCCUGGAUGCGAUGCUAAUGGGAAGUAUGAUAGUAAUUAUAAUGCUGUCUUCAACCUUUUGCCCCAUACUGAAAACCAUAGCCCAGAGCACAAAUUCCUCUGUGCUCUCUGUGCUUCUGUACUGUGCAGGCAGCUAGAAGCAGCCAGUUCACAGGCCAUCCCAACAGGUGUGAACUCCUCUCAGCUUACAGCAGCAGUGACACCUGAGUUGUGUCCCGAUGUGACUAUCUGGGGAGUGGCAAUGCUGAGACACAUGUUACAGCUGCAGUGUAAUGCUCAGGCGAUAACCACCAUACAACACACAGGAUGUAAAGGGAGCAUCGUUACCGACAGCAGGCAGGUGCGCCUUGCCACAGGCAUCUUCCCUGUUAUCAGCCUCCUGAACCACUCCUGCAGCCCCAACACCAGCGUGUCCUUCACUAGCACUGUUGCCACCAUCCGGGCGUCACAGCGGAUUGGAAAGGGGCAAGAGAUUCUGCACUGCUACGGGCCUCACAAGAGCCGGAUGGGGGUUACCGAAAGGCAGCAGAAGCUGAGGUCUCAGUAUUUCUUUGACUGCACCUGUCCAGCUUGUCAGACGGAGGCACACAGGAUGGCUGCAGGGCCCAGGUGGAAAGCAUUCUGUUGCAACAGUUGCAGAGCGCCCAUGCAGGGAGAUGGCGUGCUGCGCUGUGGCAACAGAUCUUGUGCAGAAUCCGUCGUCAGCAGAGACGACCUAGUCUCUCGGUUACAGGACCUUCAGCAGCAGGUCGGAGUGGCCCAGAAGCUUCUCAGAGAUGGGGAACUGGAGCGAGCCGUUCAGCUGCUGUCGGGGUGCCAGCGUGAUGCUGAGAGCUUCCUGUGGGCAGAACACGCCAUGGUGGGAGAGAUCGCGGAUGGCCUGGCCCGGGCCUGUGCUGCCUUAGGGGACUGGCAAAAGUCAGCCACCCAUCUACAGAAGAGUCUCCGCGUGGUGGAGGUUCGCCACGGGCCAUCCAGUGUUGAAAUGGGCCAUGAGCUCUUCAAACUGGCCCAGAUCUUUUUCAACGGGUUUGCAGUACCCGAAGCCCUGAGCACAAUACAGAAGGCUGAGGAGGUUCUGUCGCUGCACUGUGGCCCGUGGGACGAUGAAAUCCAGGAGCUCCAGAAGAUGAAAUCCUGUUUAUUGGACUUACCACCCACCCUCAUGGCCUCUCUUAUCUCUCCGUGGGUUCUUCACAAGCGUGCUUCAGUGAUUAUGGGGGCAGGAAAUGGCCUCCCGGGAGGAUCGCAGAUCCUAGUACCGAAACACCCCCAGAGCAGAGAAGCUGUGCCUGCAUUAUCCAACGCAGGACGAGGCUUAAGGAGUCAUCCACAACCCCUGCAAGGCCGUGGAGCCCUGAGUUCUGCUUAGCAAAGUGGAAGGCCCGAAGACCCCGGCCCGCCCCACCCACCAAAGGCAAAAGGGUCUUCAGACAUACUCAUCUCCUGCAGGGGCUUGGUGACUUCGCCCUCGUAACUCAGCUUCAGCUUGGGGAGGGUCAGGACCGCCUGCACCGUCUUCAGUUCUCGGUCUAUGUCGUGAAUGAACUCGGAGGUGAGGCUCUCCUCUAUCAGGGUCAAAUUCUGGGUCACUUUGAGGGGCAGGAAGAAGAUGAUACUCAUGCUUCCGGUCAAGGGCAGCUGGGCAAUCUGAGACAAGUGAGAAAGCACGUGGGUUAGUCCUUUAAAGCCCAAAAGCCGGGGACAGGCACAGCCAGGAGCUGUCUUCCUCUCCCGUGGCGGGGCCCUGGCCUCGUCCUUCCCCCAGCCCCUCAUCUAUUUAACAAUUCCCCCUCUAGGUUAGCGCUUUCUGGCAGCAAGCCAUCUCCUGAGAUUUCUUCAGAAAGGCUGCUGCUGGCCUUUCUUACCUUGGCCUAAUACCAACUGAAGUUAUCUGCUGAAAGAAUGUUCUCCUGUGGUUUAAGGAGCUAGAAUUGAAUUUCAGGUCUUUAUUUUCUCCCAAAGUCCGUCUGCCAACGUUGACUGAUGAUUUGUUAGCUAGAGAGCGCUGUACUAAGACAGGGAGGACCGGGGAUAGGAAUACCGAAGAGGCCGUAAGAGGACUUGGAGACUCCACCCCAUCCACCCACCAAGAGCAAA